AUGGAGCAACAGCAGCAGCAACAGGCAAAUUUUGUAGCCGAGCAAGUGGAGGGCGGCGUUUUGCGCGUACGUAUAAAGCGCCUAACAGAGCACGAAAUUCGACGCUACAGUAGAAGUGACAGCAGCGGUGGAGACCGGUCGAGUAAUUCGAGCGACAACAACAGCACCGGAGGCGAGCAUGACGACGCUGGCCGGCCAAGUAGCCCCAGCGAGGGCGGUAGCAACAGUGGCAGGCAACAGCAAGAAAUCGGCGUCGAGGACAUCGAAAGCCUCGAAAGUACGCAGCCGUUCGUACUGCCCCAAAAUAGUGAAGAUGCAGAGAUGGCUGCCUAUUGGGGUGCAGAGUACUUGGCAAACAAUACGCCACAUUUGACGAGCGAAGAGGAGGAGAUGGAGCACGAAUUAUCGCACGUGCGAACCACGACUGAGGAAAACAUUUGCGAAGAGGACAUAUCCAAACCUAUCAAUGACAUAGAUGACGAUUCUGAAAAAAUGGAAAUUGGCAAGCUUAAGCCAAACACUGGAAACGGUUGCACGCUGGAUAAGACUGAGGAAAAAAUUUGCGAAGAGGACAUAUCCAAACCUAUCAAUGACAUAGAUGACGAUUCUGAAAAAAUGGAAAUUGGCAAGCUUAAGCCAAACACUGGAAACGGUUGCACGCUGGAUAAGUAUUCGUGGACGCAAACUUUACAGGAAGUUGAGGUUAAGAUCCCUCUAAGAGUUUCAUCUAAUUUGAGAGCUAAAGAUAUUUCCGUUACUAUAGGAAAAAUGUCACUCUUCGUGGGCUUAAAAAACGAGGAACCUAUAAUAAACGGAGUGCUCAGCGCUGAAAUCAAACAAGAAGAUUCAGUCUGGGUUUUACAAGACAACAAAACUUUGCUCAUUACGCUUGAAAAGGUAAGUCACAACUAAUCUAAGCUCGUGAAA